AUGAAACGCAACAUCAUCAACAGCAUCAUAAUCCAUUUCAUUUCAAUAUAUAUUCAAAAUCAAACAAAAAAUAAACAAGCAUAGAAAAAAUCGCAACGAACUAAAACAGAAACAAAAAAAAUUGAACAAGUUUUGAAGCUUAAUGUAAUGCAUCAAAAGAAAUCGGAAAUUCAGAUCGGAAAAGAAAGCACCGGAAUCUCUUCCGAUUUCAACCCUAAACUUUACAAUUCAAUUCAUCACAAACAACAACAACACAAAUCUUCACCAAUUUAUCAUCACAAUCACAAACACAACAAAAUCAAACCCUCUAAAUCGCUUUCUUUUUUCAAUUUCCCCCAAUUGUAUUCCCUUUCCCUCGCCGCACUCCGCCGUCUCCGCCACCGUCUCCGAUUCGUUCUCCUUCUCUCCUUUCCGUUUUUCUACUUUCUACUCUCCCGUCCCACUCACUCCUUCUUCUUCAACUUCCUCUCCGCCUUCGCUUUCUCCGCCGCGCUCUUCUUCUCUCUGUCUCUCAAAUUUAAAUCCUCGCCGUCGCUUCCCAUAGUUCUGACUGUGCAACGGUGGCGGCGGAGGCGCAAGGAGAAAAAGGAGGAGAGGAACAAGUUGCUUAACACGGUGGUUGUGUUAGAGGUUAGGGUUUAUUCAAACGGUGACGUUUAUGAAGGUGAAAUGAAGAAAGGGAAGUGUUGUGGGAGUGGGGUUUAUUACUAUAAUAUGAGUGGGAGAUAUGAAGGGGAUUGGGUUGAUGGGAAAUAUGAUGGGUUUGGUGUUGAGACUUGGUCUAAGGGAAGUAGAUAUAAGGGUCAGUAUAGAGAUGGAUUGAGACAUGGGUUUGGGGUUUAUAGAUUUUAUACUGGGGAUGUUUAUGCUGGGGAAUGGUUGAAUGGACAGAGUCAUGGUUCUGGUGUUCAUACUUGUGAUGAUGGGAGUAGAUUUGUGGGAGAGUUCAAGUGGGGUGUUAAGCAUGGUCUUGGCCACUAUCAUUUUAGAAAUGGAGAUACAUAUGCUGGUGAAUAUUUUGCGGACAAGAUGCAUGGUUUUGGGGUAUAUUGUUUUGCAAAUGGUCAUCGUUAUGAAGGAACCUGGCAUGAAGGGAAAAGACAUGGUCUUGGAAUGUAUACAUUUAGAAAUGGAGAAACCCAAUCCGGUCACUGGAAAAAUGGGGUUCUUGACAUUCCAAGCACACAGAACGCCACAUAUCCAGUUUCGCCAGUGGGUGUCAAUCAUUCCAGAGUACUUAAUACGGUGCAGGAAGCUAGAAGAGCAGUUGAAAAAGCCUAUGAUGUAGCCAAGGUAGAUGAAAGAGUGAAUAGAGCAGUAUCAGCAGCUAAUAGAGCAGCCAAUGCAGCUAGAGUGGCUGCUAUCAAGGCUGAAAAGAAUGAAAUACAGCAGGUUAACAACGAGAGCAUCUCAAUUCCCAUUUUGUAACGCUAUCAACUACAACUUUUGUUUUAUACGAUUAGCAUGAGGUUGUGGAAGUGAUUUUUAGCUAGCUACUCUUGUGUAAACUGCCAUCAUCUACACCAUUUAUUGGCUGAAAGCAAGCAGAUUUAUCAUCUAUCUGCCUCGAGUAUUGUAUAGAGGGAGGGAAAGUGAUUAGUGACGAUGUUCAUUCAUAUGCUAAAACUAUGUGCAUUAGUUUUAUUCUCUUUAAUUUUGCCUAUAUUUUUGUAAAUUUAUGUAGCUGUAUAUGCUGGUGAAAUGUUGUAAGAUAGCAUGGUAAAAAUAAGAAGAGAACCAUCUUUCAUAAGAUGUUCGUUCUAUUUUGCCGGAUUGAUAGUUGCUUUUUUUGAG